AUGUUAAAUACCUCUCUACAAGUAAAGAGUUAUAAAAUUUUUCGCAUAUCGACUGAUAUAUGUCUCUAUUAUAUUUUUGUAAUUUGUUGUUGUUGUCAUAUCUGUAAAAAUCUCUCAAUUGUAUUUAUUAAUAGUAGAAGAGUCAAAGCUCUUAUGAUUAUUGAUUAA